AUGGAGAGAAGCCUCGGCUGGCAGAGAGCGAUGAUGGACCUCGCCGGCGAUGAUGAGGGGUGGCGCGCGCAGUUGACAGAGGUGUGCGGCUGGUUCCCCAGCACGGAGAUGUUGGUCAACCACGCGUGUGGCCUCGUCAAAGUCCUCACCGACGCCGAGAGGAAGCGCGCCUUCCCCUACGGCCACGGCGUCCCGCCGGUUGUCCUCCUCGUGUGGGCAAUGCGAGAGGCCACGCUGAGCGACUCCCCUGUUCAGCGCGCAAGGUGGUGGAUGUACCGCUCCACCACCAUGACGCUGCGGCCAGAUUCAGCACGCGUCGCGUCGAGGGCGGAGCGCGUCGACGUCGAGCUCGCUCUCCCUGCGCCCGUCAGCCCGGACUACCAGGUCCGCCACGUGCCGAAGCCAGUGCUACCGUUGGGCUCUGACGUCGUGGAGGACGACGUGGAGGAGGUACUGGUCAUCCUUGAUGACCAUGAGGAGGGCGAUGAGGACGCUGUGCAGAUGGUAGCGCCGGUCGCCGUCGAGGGUGGCAAGACAAUGCCCAUCGACGUCGAGCUCCUUCCCCUCCUCCCUGACAUAGUGAAGGUGGAAGAAGAGAAGGUGGCUCAGGAUCAGGUGGCGCAUCUGUCGAACAGAACGGCGGUCAAGAAGAAGGCUUCUCCGUAUCGGGAUCGGGGCGACCAUGCCCCCGCCCUCGACAACCCCGCCGCCCGGAUCGACCGCACCGCGCCGCCUCGACCACUCCUCCUCGCUGGACGCCUCGUCGUCCUCUCCGCCGUGCGCCGCACCCCCGUGCCGCCUCCCCGCCGGACUGCCACCCUGUCGCUGUCGUCCCCGUCUACCUCCCCGAGCACCCCUGCCCCCGGACCCUACACCCCCCGUGAGCUCCCUCUCCUCCGGUCGCCCGCACUCCCAUGCUACCAUCGUCGCCCGCACUCCCCGUGCUCGCGGCCUCCUCCCCCGCACGCGCCUAGGCCACGCGCCCCACCGUGCCCGACCACCGCGCGCGCUCGCGCUGACCGCGCCCCGCAUCGCUCCCUGCUCGCGCGCGUGGCCGCCCCGCUGUUGCUCUGCUACUGCCUCUGCUCUACCUCCCCCGCAGCCCCGCGGCCCCGCCACGGAUCGCGCACGCCCCCGCCGGCGCCGUUCGCCUCCAUCGCGCCGCGGCCAGCUCCGCCCUACCCCCUGCUCCCCGUGGCCACGCACUGCGUGCCGAGGCCGCCGCCGCACUUGCCGUCCCGCUCCGCCGCGGCACUCGCCCUGCGCCACUCCUGGCCCCGCCCCUCACCUCGCUGCCCCCACUCGGGUCGGCUGCGGCCGCCCUGCCAUGGCCGCCGGCCAGCCAGCACGCGGCCGGGGCCAGCGCCCCGCCACGGCCAGAGCCCCGUUCGGGCGCCCCGCCCGCUUCGCCCUUUUCCGCUCGGGUUCGCCCGCCCCGCUGCACGCUCGACCCGUUAG